ACCCCGCCCCGCUUCCCGCCCGGCGCUGAGCCCCCGCCGCAGAGCCCACCCCGGCACCAUGCAUUCCCUGGAGGAGCCCCUGGACCUCAAGCUGAGCAUCUCCAAGCUGCGAGCUGCCCGCGAGAAGCGGGGCCCGUCCGGCCCCCGAGCCCGCGCUGCCCAGCGCCCCGACACCCCGCCGGCCGGGGAGGGCCGAGGGGGCGCCCGGGGCGUCCGCAGGGCCGUGCCAGCCUCGCCGUCGCCCGCGCUCCUGGCACACUCCAGGCUGGUGGAGCCGCGGGACGGGCGCUUCCCGGUGCCCGUGGUGGAUCUCAGCCUCUCGCCCCGCUCCGGGGGGGACUCUCCGGCGGGCAGCGCCUCGCUGUCCCCCGAGCGCCAGGGCAGCGGGGACCUGCCCGGCCCCCUCACCCCACACGAUUUCCAGUCCCUGCGCUACAUCGAUGGCCUCCCCAGCUCCUUCCAGUUCUUCCUGCCGCUGGGGGCCGGGGGGGCCCUGCACCUGCCCCCCGCCGCCUUCCUGCCCCCCAGCAAGGAGAAACGGCUCCCCCCCGAGCUGCCCCUGCCCAAGCAGCUCGUCUGCCGCUGGUCCAAGUGCAACCAGUUCUUCGACCUCCUGCAAGACCUGGUGGACCACGUCAACGACUUCCACGUGAAACCCGAGAAGGACGCGGGGUACUGCUGCCACUGGGAGGGCUGUGCCCGCCAUGGCAGGGGCUUCAACGCCAGGUACAAGAUGCUGAUCCACAUCCGGACGCACACCAACGAGAAGCCGCAUCGCUGCCCCACCUGCAACAAGAGCUUCUCCCGCCUGGAGAACCUGAAAAUCCACAACCGCUCGCACACAGGUGAGAAGCCCUACAUCUGCCCCUACGAAGGCUGCAACAAGCGUUACUCCAACUCCAGCGACCGCUUCAAGCACACCCGCACGCACUACGUGGAGAAGCCCUACUCGUGCAAGAUGCCGGGCUGCCACAAGCGCUACACCGACCCCAGCUCCCUCCGCAAGCACAUCAAAGCCCACGGGCAUUUUGUGUCCCCCGAGCACCCGGAGAUGCUCAAGGUCCACCCGCCUCCCAAAACGCCCCUGGGCACGGCGGAGGUGCCCUACGUUAACGGGGCGCAGCUCGUCAUCCCCAACCCCGCCGCCCUGUUCGCCCCGCCGGGGCUGCCGGCGCUGCCCAUCCCGCUGGCACCGGCGCCGCUCGAUCUCAGCGCCCUGGGCUGCGGGGCUGCGGCCGCGCUGCCCGCCCUGCCCGGCCCCGUCCUGCCCCUCAACGGCGGCCCCCUGAACUUGGCCAAGAGCCCGCUGCUGCCCUCGCCCUUCGCGGCGGGGCUGGGGCUGCCCGUCAUGUCGCUGCUGGCCGGCGGGGCCAAGGCCGAGGGGGAGAAGGGCGGCGGGGCUGAGGGGCGGCCGCCCAAGGCGGGCAAGGGGCUGGAGAGCCGCAAGGAGAGGGGCGAAAGGACGGAGCCGGGGCGGCCGCGGGUGCCCCCCGAGAGCCUGGCGCUGCUGCCGGGGGCCGUGCUCGACCUCUCGGCCGGUGUCAGCUCGGGGGGCAGCCCCGAGGCGCUGCCCCCGGGCUGGGUGCUCAUCCCCCCCGGCUCCCUGCUGCUCAAACCCGCCGCCGUCAACUGAGGGGCCCGACGAUGCCCGGGGUCAGCCGCCGGCCCCGUGGGCAGAUCCCGCUCCCGUGUGGGGACGGGGGGCACGGCCCGCUCCUCCCCCUGCGGCCCCGGCGGGGCCUCGCUCGUGCUUUUACCCGUCACGAAAGAAGAACGGACUCUUCUGAGAAAAGCAAUAAUCCCUCGGCGGCCGGAGCCGGCUGCGACCCCGCGCUGGGGGCAGGUGGGGCACAGGGGGGGUCCCCCUGCCCCCUCUCCUUUCCCCCCGGCCCUGGGCAGCCGGACACGCCGCUAUUUAUUUCUCGACCAGCCCCCCUGCUCCGACAGGGUCCCGCUGGGGCUCUCCUGCUUCCGCUGACUCGGCGUCGUCUCCCUGCCCGAGCCCUCGGUGCUGCUGUGGGGGGCCGCAGCCCCCGGGCUCUGCCGCACGGCCAGCGGGGUGACAGCUCCGCAGCCCCGAGCCGUGCCCGGCCGUGCCA